AUGUUUCCUAGUUUGCGUGAGCUGGUCUUCUUUGGAAUGGUGGAGUGGGAGGAGUGGGUGUGGGAGAAGCAUGUAGAUGAGGAAGCCAUGCCUGUCCUGGAGGAGCUUCUGCUCGACAACUGCAAACUCAGUAGCGUUCCUCCUGGCCUUGCCUUCCACGCAAGGGCUUUGAAACGACUGGUCAUUACUGCGGCUGUAAACCUCAGCUCUCUUGAUAAUUUUGCUUCUGUUGUUGAGCUUGACGUGUAUUUCACUCCACAGCUGAGAAGUAUAACUGAUCUGCAUGAACUCCAGAAGCUUACAAUCGCAUUCUGUCCAAAGCUCGAGAGAUUGAUUCGUGUUCCUGCAAUCCGAAGACUUGUGCUGGAGGAUUAUGACAUGGAAACACUCCCGAGAUACCUUCAAGAUGUAGGGAACCUGGGCGUUUUGCAGCUAGACUGCAGCGCAGAGCUUCUCACGUCCAUAGCAUUGGGCAAACCUGGACCAGAGUGGAAAAAGUACAGCCAUGUCAAGCAUGUCAAGGCAUAUGCACAUGAUGGAGGCAAUCGAAGGAAAUGGUACGUCUUAUACACAAAACAUCCCUACAAAUUAGAGACGAACAUCAGCCAACGCUCUUCCAAACUGGCAGCUGUUGGCAAAGAUGAAGACAAGCUUAUUGGCAAAGAUGAAGAAUACAUUAUUGGCAUAAACAGCUUAAAUGACUCAGCAGUCAACGAAGAUAACCGAGAACUUGUUGGAAUUCAUAAGCCAUGCGAGGAUCUAAUCAAGUUGCUGACGUGUGGCGAUGAGAAAGAACUAAAAGUGGUCUCCAUUUGUGGAACUGGGGGUUGGGGUAAAACCACUAUUGCACGUGCAGUUUAUAGGAAGAUUGCAAAUGAAUUCAGUUGUAAAGCUUUUGUUGACGUGCCCCGUGAUCCUGACAUAAAAUUGAAUAUUGGAACCAUAUGUGGUGAAGUUGGUUGUCCUCGUCCCAAGUUCGAAGAAUGUGAUGUUCAACAACUACUCGGCCGACUCAAAAUAUUCUUUGAAGAGAAAAGGUACUUAAUCAUUUUGGAUGGUAUGUGGACCACAUCAGUAUGGGAUCAAAUUCUGCCUGCACUGAAAGAGAAUAAACAUGGAAGUAGAAUAAUAAUUACAACUCAGAAAGCCAGUAUUGCUGAACAUGUUGGUGGUCUUUAUCAUCUGCCACUUCUUUCUUACAAUGAUUCAAAUAUGUUAUUCUUCCGAAGAACAUUAUUUGGGAGUGAACAUCAUUGUCCUCCUCAAUUUAUAGAAUUGUCCAAGAAAAUGAUAAGCAGAUGUGGACUGUUACCAUUAGCCAUCAUUGUUGUAACUGACUUACUGCCUAAAGUUAUGGUGUUAGAGGAAUGGCAAAAGGUGUGUGAUUCUAUUGAAAUGGGUGACAAUAUGGAGAAUAUCAGAAGAGUUUUAAACCACACUUAUGAUGAUCUACCUCAAGAUCUCCAGAGAUGCUUGCUGUGUCUAGGUAUUUUCCCAGAGGGCUAUGAGAUUGGAAGAGAUAGUUUGGUGCAGAGAUGCAUAGCUGAAAAUUUAAUAUGUGGGGAGCGUGGACAGAACUUACAGGAACUGGGUGAGAGUUAUUUUUCUGAACUCGUAAAGUGUAACAUGAUCCAACCGAUAGAAUUUGACAGUUCUGGAAGGGAUCUGGUUUACCGUGUACCUGCAAUAACUCUUGAUUUUAUUGUCAGUUUGCCAGUUCACAAGAAUUUUGUUACUAUAUUACCUGCCCUACAACAACAAACAGAUCUCUCAAGCAAGGUAGAACGAUUAUCUCUCCAAGACAGCAAUGAGCGACAUGAUGUGCUAAGAGCAACCAAGACCACUGGCCAAGUGAGUUCACUCUCUCUCUUUAAUGGUGCUGAUUUGAUGCAGCCACUUUCAAAGUUUCAAGGGCUGCACGUGUUAUAUUUACAGAGAUGUGAUUCUGUGAAGAAUGAACAUCUUAAGGGUCUUGAGAGUUUGGAUAAGCUGAGGUAUCUGGUUCUAGGCAGCAGUCAGAUUACUGAGAUCCCAAAAAAGAUCGGGGAACUACGCCAUCUGCAGAUGCUGGAUUUGAGGGCAACUGGUGUAAAAGAGCUACCAUCGAGUAUUGUUAAGCUUACAAAACUGCGGUGUCUGCUUAUUAACAGAUCCACAGAAGUGCCAGAUAAGAUUAUCGGGAAACUACAUGCUCUAGAAGAACUAGCGGAAAUCGAUAUCUCCAAGUCUCCAAAUAUUCUGCAAGAGAUUAGUACCAUGCCAAAACUGAGGGAGCUCAGCAUUGCCUUGUGGUCAUGGGAUGAGCUUCAUACCACACUUCUGUCCGACACUCUGCAAAUUGACUAUGAAGAAACUCAAGCAUCUAUCUAUUUUCUCUUACUGUUUACUAGAUUUCAAUCAGAUUUAAAGCCACUCCAAAAACUUGAAAAGCUUGAGAUACAGGGCAGCAUAUUUGAUAAAUUACCACAUUGGAUUAGCAGCCUCACUGUUCUCCGCUCCUUGUCCAUUGAGAUCUACUCCUUUGGAAAGGAUACCCUUGAAAUACUUGGGAAAUUAGAGCAUCUUGUUUUCCUAUCCCUUGUUGCGAAGCGGAGUGCAGGAGAAAAGUUAGUGAUUGUUAAAAAUACAUUCUGUACCCUGAAAACCUUCCUUCUGUUCAAUCGUGCCAUGGCGAUCGGGUUCGAGCAAGGAGCUAUGGAGAAACUUCAAAGUCUUAAGUUAACGCUGCAGGCGUCACUGACAAAAACGGAUGAUCUUUGUUUGGGCCUGGAUACUCUCUCUUCACUUCAGCACGUCCAUGUUGAAAUUAUCUGCUUUAGUGCCACCAAUGGGGCUGUGAAGGUAGCUGAGACUGCAAUCCGGAGCAUGAUUGGAAAUAACCCUGGUAAGCCUAGACUUGAAAUGAAAAGAAUCAUGGAGGGAUAUAUGGAAGAAGAUAAAAAGGAAGAGUCAGAAUGUGAAAUCGAGGUAGAAGAUGAAGAUCAAGAAGCACUCUGUGUGACAAAGCCGGAAGAACAGACCGUUACAGCAAAGAAGAAGAAGAGCAGGAGGGCAAGGAAGAAGAACAAGAGGCAUCACUAG